CUGAAUGGUCCAUGUUGCGGAUGCCAUCUUAUUUUGGUUGCAGGAAAGAAAAUAUCUCAUCUCUUAGGGUUUGUGCCGAUGGCGGAGGAAGCUCAAUAUUCAUCAGGGACCGACUCUGCGCCUCACAAGCGUAAGUACGACGACCAAGCCAACGACAGACCCACUGGCUUCUCCGCCGGCCCUGCCACCGGCAUCGAGCUCGCCAAGCAGCGUGCUCAAGAAGUCGCCGCUCGCCUCCUCAGCGGCGCUCCUCCUCCCCCCCUCGACGCCAACAAGCGUCCCAAGCCUGAUUCCGGCUUCGAUUCCCUCGAUGCCAAGCCUCAGUACUCAGCAGUUCCUCCUGUCUCCUAUGCUCACCAAGGAACGAGCAAGAAGAUAGAUAUCCCCAACGGCAGGGUUGGUGUCAUUAUUGGAAAAGCUGGAGAGACCAUCAAGUAUCUCCAGCUGCAAUCUGGCGCCAAAAUUCAAGUUACUCGCGAUAUGGACGCUGAUCCUAAUUCCCCGACUAGGAUGGUUGAGCUCAUGGGAACUCCUGAAGCAAUUGCCUCUGCUGAGAAACUCAUCAAUGAAGUUCUUGCUGAGGCUGAAUCUGGAGGUUCUGGCAUUGUUGCUCGAAGACUGACUGGACAAGCUGGGUCGGAUGAAUUUUCCAUGAAAAUCCCAAAUAAUAAGGUUGGCCUUAUAAUUGGUAAAGGGGGUGAAACAAUAAAGAAUAUGCAAGCUUCGACUGGAGCACGGAUUCAGGUGAUACCUCUGCAUCUUCCCCCUGGUGACACAUCAACUGAAAGGACAUUAAAAAUUGAUGGGACUCCUGAGCAAAUUGAGUCUGCAAAGCAGUUGGUUAAUCAAGUUAUCAGUGGCGAGAAUCGUCUUAGAAAUCCUGCAAUGUCUGGUGGUUAUCCUCAGCAAGGUUACCAAUCUCGACCACCCUCUAACUGGGCUCCUCCUGCCCCAAUGCAGCAACCUGGUUAUGGCUAUGUGCAACCUGGAGCAUACCCUGGCCCAUCACCCCAGUAUAACAUGCCUCAGCCACCAUAUGCAGGCUAUCCUCCUCAGCAACCUGGUGGAUAUUCCACCGGUUGGGACCAGUCUACUGCUCCACCUCACCAGCAGUCUGCUCAUGCUGGCGGCUAUGAUUACUAUAGUCAACAGCCACAGCAAUCACAAAAUCCUGGUGGUUCUGCUGCUCCUGCUGAUGGCUCUGCAUACAAUUACAGUCAGCCACCUUCCUCUGGUUAUAGCCAACCUGGGCAGGGUUAUGCACAGGACAGUUAUAAUGCGUAUAAUGCACAAUCACAAUCAGGGUAUGGGCAGCCACAACCAUAUGAUCAACAGCAAGGGUAUGGGUCAGCUACUGGUGGCUAUGGUAGUGGAAGUAACCCUGCCCAAGAGGGCCACACUGCAAACUAUCCUUCCCAGGGAGAUUCAACCCAAGCUUCAUCUGCUCAACCGACUGCGAUUGCACAGCAAGGUUAUCCUGCUGCCCAACAGCCCAGCUCGAACACUGCCAACUACCCACCUCAAGGGACUCCAGGUUAUGGGGUUCCCCCUACAUCUCAAGCAGCUUAUGGUAAUCAACCGCAGCCUGGUUAUGGGGCUGGUUAUGGACCCCCUCAAUCUCAGAAGCCUAGUGGCACUCCACCUGUUUAUGGACAGUCACAGUCUCCUAGCGCAGGAGGAGGCUACAGUCAGUCAGCAUAUCCCGCACAGCCCCCACCUUCAGGGUAUGCUCAACCUGAAUCGAGGGCACCACCAUCUGGUUAUGGUGGGGCGGUGCAACCAGGGUACCCUCCUCAAACGUAUGGUGCUCCUCCUCAAGGUUAUGGUCAGACACCACCUCCAUACAGCAACACUUAUGGUGCUGCUGGUUAUACUCAGACUGCGGCAUAUACUGGUGAUGGUAAUGCCAGUGCGAAUGCUCAGGCUCCUCAGAAUGCCGUUGCUAAAACAUCACCUCAGACUUGAUAUUUUUGCCUCUCCCUUCAUGGGCUGUUAUCGGUUCUACCGUUGUUUAUUGUAAUAGCUGACAUUUAAGUAGCAUUGCAUCGUUUAUACCGAAGAAUUGAUGUAUUGAUUUUUAAUUUUUUUUACUUCUUUAGUAUUGAAAUUUUCUGUCUUUGAAUGUUUUGUACGGAUAAAUAUCAACCAUUAACAUGGUAAAAAUUUAUAUGAAAA